UCAUGAAGCCUGGCAUAUCCGGUUGGUGGGACUGACUUGUUUUUAUUAUGUCGUAGCUAGACUCGAAAUGUAGAUCUAGAUCUAGAUUACUAGAUCUAAGUCCAAAGUAUAGAUCUAGAUCUAUCUAGUAUCUACCUAGAUAUCUACUAGUUUAAAGCAUGCCUAGAAAUGUAUGCUGUUAUGAGAAAUAACCAAACUAUUUUCACCAUCAUAAAAUUUUAAAAACAAUGAAAAUUUAAUUUUUACUGAUUAAACGAACAAGUGUGGCUUUGAGGAUAUCAGUAGAUGAAAAUGAUAAGGACUAUUCAUCCUGUCGCACACAAAGAUGAUCCAAGGAAGGAUGACAUUGACUACGAACCCAAAUGCACAUGUUGUCCAACCGGGAGAAGUGGUCACAGAAUUAUUUUAACUGAAGACAGUCUGUAUGCCCUUGGUGGAUUUAAUCCAGUAUUAGGCGGAUAUUCAGCACCAGUCAAUUCAAGGGGUCAUCCUUUAUUUAAAGAGCUGUGGAGAUUUAAUCUGAGUACCAAAAAAUGGCAUCUUUUAGAUGACUUUUACAGUGUUCCUCCUACCAUUGCAUCUCAUACAAUAGCAAAAGUUGGCCGGUGGUUGUUUUUAUUCGGUGGUACAUCUAUCCCAUUUGGAGAGACACCAACCAGCGCCUUGUAUAGAUAUGACCUUUUAGCACCAACACAUAUUGAACACAAUCAGAAUUGUGACUGUGAUGCUCAUGCUGUCCGUGGAAAUGAAGUUGCGACAGUCAAUACAUGUAACCGCUGGCAUUUGAUACCAGUUGUAGGGGACAUGCCAGAAGAACGAUAUGGUCAUACAAUGACAAUGAGUUUCCCAGAUGUGUAUAUAGUAGGUGGAACAUCAGGGUAUAUCUACAACUCUGAAAUAUACCACCUUGAUUUGAGGAAUUCUGUGGGGAAAUGGACAAAAUUAAGCUCAGAUGCAGAUCCUAGGCAGCCUGUAGGGAGAUAUCGACAUGAAACUGCCUUUGAUGGUGAAAACCUGUAUAUAUUUGGAGGCGGGACGGACCGUGAUGCAUUUUCUCUAGUCAAUAUUCAUACUUUCAAUAUAAAAUCAUGUGAGUGGGGCACACUCAAGUCUACUCCAGAUCCACAGCAUGGCCAUCCAAAGCCACGGAAAUGCCACAGCUGCUGCCAGUACAAAAAUGACGUUUAUAUGAUUGGUGGAGUGAGUGGUAUAUCUAACAACAAUGAAACUACGUUGUUCAAUGAGAUUUGGAAGUUUUCCUUGAUUGAUGCCACUUGGACUAAAUACUCAUCUACAUUGGCUGUGCCCUUAUACUUCCAUUCUGCAGACUUUGCUGUGCAAAAAGGCUGCAUAUACGUAUUUGGUGGUGUAACAAACUACAGAGAUGAGUGGGUUCGUACCAAAAGAAUUCUGGCCAUACGUGUUGCUGUUGGCGACCUCUUGGAGCUAGCAUGGGAAGUAGUCUGUGAGCAGAUAGGUGACAGAUGGAAUGAGGUUGAUUUGAAUGAUUUAGGUGUGCCCAUUUCUAUGCAGCUAAGGAUAUUUUAAUUAAAAAAAAACUUUUUAAAGUAAA